AUGGCGAAGUUUUUGAGCCCGAGUCGCUGUGAGGUAGACGAAGAAGCUCUGGAGGCACAGCUGCUUCGUCUUUGCAGUUGUGGAGAUACCGCGGCCGCAGCACUGCUUCUCCGCGCGGUGCCGGCCGAUGUUCUGCCGGCCGCCCUUGAGCUUCGUGACCAAGACAAGCGGACACCUUUACUUGCAGCUGGUGCUGCAGGCUCGCUGGAACUGGUCCGGCUGCUGCUUGAAGCUGGCGCAGAUGCAGAGGCAUCCGACUCGGAUGGCUGCGGCUUGGCACUUCUGGCUGCUUCCUCAGGAGAUCCCGAGCUCCUCGCAUGGCUGAUUCAUCAAGGCCUGGUCGACUUGACUGAAAGCGCACAGGAUGGAAGCACUGCACUUCUUUGUGCUGCCAGUCACGAGGCAGGAGCUGUGGAGAUGCUUCAUUUUCUGCUCGAUGGACCUCCAGGAGCCCUGGUCGUGCCGUCUUUGGAGGAGCAAGAUGAGCGAGGCGCCAAUGCGCUGCUAGUUGCAGCGGAGGCAGGGGCGGUGCCUGCGGCGCGGGCGCUGUUGUCGCGGGGGGCGUCGCCGGAGAGUCGCGACGUACGUGGUUCUUGCGCGCUGCACUAUGCAGCUGCUGGUGGAUCCAGCAGCAUGGUUGACUUUUGCGUCAAGUCGCUCCUUGGCAUGAACUGA